AUAGUUUAGAUUCUCCCUUAGUUUAUUUUUCCUAUGCAAUAUGUCGUUUACAGAAGAUUUUGAUUCCAACAAAAAGAAAGAACCACGACUGUCUUUGUCUCAGUUAAAUCCUCUGAGACGUAUGAUAGGUAACCUUGAAAUUAGUAUUGAGCGGGUCUACAAGAAAGACUAUAAGCGGGUAGCCAAAACCUUGCAGUUAGCCUUCAACAAGGAUCCGUUUGUCAACUACAUUUUGAACACAAAAAUCAACUAUGACGAAGUUGAGGAGAAGAAAUUGAUAAAGCAGAAGAACGAUUUGUUUCAGGCAUUUUUCGAGUUUUCUGUUUUGGAAUACUUUUCUUUUGGUGGUGUUAUUGUCGCUAUCAAAGAUGUGCAGUUUGAGUUGGCCAACUCCAGUGGCACCAACUAUCCAUUCUUGGCGGCUGCUUGCUGGAACAACUUGAAGUUUGAUAACAGUUUGACCCUAAACUAUUAUAACUUCAACUCCACUUCCCACAAUCAUUCGGGAUCGGAUAAUAAGUUGUUUUUGUUUUCGUCGUUUUUGAAGUUCAGCUACUUGGCGUACAUGAAUAACUGUCGCCAGAAAACAUUAAAGGAAAAGUUACCUUUUUUGAACAAUAUUAGAGACUCAGUAUUAAUCAACUUGAACUUGAACUUAAAUUUUAAGAAUAAGUUUAAUUCAGUUUGGUACUUGAGUGACAUUGGUGUAUCACCCUCCAUGGCUGGUAAGUCUUUGGGUAAGAUUUUGAUCAACUAUUGUCUUGAUAAUUUUGUGUUGGAUUCCUGGUGUUAUUUGGAAAGUUCGAAUAUCAUCAACAGAAAUUUUUACACCAAAUUGGGAUUCAAGAUCGCCAAUACCUUUGCUGUCAAUCAGGAUGAAAUCGUAAACAACAUCGACAUCAACAACAAAGAGGAUCUUGGUGUGUUGAACAGUUUAGAUGAUUUCAUUCUUAUGGAUGCAAUGUUUAGACCUCCAAAGAACAUCAAUAUCGAAAAGAUCAACUAUAAGGUUGCCGAUAUCGAGGUUGAGGAGAAAGAAAUUUCGUCUGAAACGGUUUCAAAUUCUACCAGUGUUGUAACAGCAGCUGGAGGUGCUCCUAGAAGUACCCCGGUUGUCUUUACUAGCGUUACUAUGCCUCUGGCCACUGCUCCGUUGGUGGCCAGUCAUGGGUAGCAUCACACGGUAGAGAAGCUGAAUUGAUAAAUUCAGGUAUCAAAUAAGAUACUAAGUUCACUUAGUUUCUACUUUGAAAUAAUAUCACUUUAAGAGUUACUUCAAUUGCUGUUGUAAUUUUAAGGUGGUAGUUAUCAAGUAUUGUCUUGAGUUCAAAUUCAACUUUGGGCCGUGACCGCUUGCGUAAUUAUUAAACCUAUUGUCCUGGGUUUAAUUUAUUUCUUGUAGUGUUCAGCUGGAUUUAUAUUUUAUUGCUUUAAUCUUUCAGUUGGAUUUUUAGGCAAUUGGCAUUAUAUCAUCAUUUGCAAAUAGUUGAUUAUUUGUGAUUAUUAUACAAUGUCAGUUGCAUAGGGAUUCCACUGAAAGAUUAAUGUGAUGUCUCCGAGCCUUGUUCUAUAUAACUUUCUACUGUUUUCUGUUAAUUGAAUUUCCUGCUAUUUGUCAGGGGUUCUGGGGCCGCUUCUCGACCUGUUC